AUGAAUUCCGGGUCUGGUUUUGUAUCGCCGAAACAUGUUAGUAAUCAUUAUGGUGUGUUUUCUAUGGUGAAGCCUCCCGACGAUGAGGCCGACUAUGUAGAGAAGGACCCGACAAAUCGAUAUGUUAGGUACAAUGAAAUCUUGGGCAGGGGAGCCUUCAAGACUGUCUACAAGGCAUUUGAUGAAGUAGAUGGAAUAGAAGUUGCUUGGAACCAAGUGAGGCUUGAUGCUGUCAUGCGUUCACCAGAUGAUUUGGCAAAACUGUACUCUGAAGUCCAUUUGCUGAAAUCACUGAAACAUGAAAAUAUUAUCAAGUUUUAUAAUGCCUGGGUGGAUGAUCAGAAAAAUACUAUUAAUAUGAUUACCGAGCUCUUCACAUCUGGAAAUCUAAGGCAAUAUCGUAAGAAGCAUAAAAAUGUUGAUACGAAGGCCAUAAGGAAUUGGGCAAGGCAGAUUCUCCGAGGUUUAGUCUAUCUCCAUGGCCAGAACCCGCCUAUUAUUCAUAGGGACUUAAAAUGUGACAAUAUUUUCAUCAACGGAAACCAUGGAGAAGUUAAAAUUGGAGACCUGGGGUUAGCAACUGUUAUGCAACAGCCUACUGCCCGAAGUGUGAUUGGGACUCCCGAGUUUAUGGCUCCAGAACUCUAUGAUGAGGAAUAUAAUGAACUCAUUGACGUGUAUUCAUUUGGGAUGUGUAUGCUGGAGAUGGUUACUUUUGAGUAUCCAUAUAGUGAAUGCAAAAGCCCUGCUCAAAUAUUUAAGAAGGUUACCUCAGGUGUUAAACCUGCAGCCCUUGGUAAGGUGCAUGACCCUCAAAUUAAAAAGUUCAUUGAGAAAUGUCUGGUUCCAGUGUCUGAGAGAUCUUCUGCAAAGGAGCUGCUUAAAGAUCCAUUCCUUCUAGUUGAGAACCCUAGGGAACCAACGCGUGAUCCCUUAAAGUUACCUAACCAAAAUCUCAAAGCAUUAAACUUACCCAAGUCUGGGCCACUUUCCAUGGACAUAGAUAGUGAUUAUAAGCAGCUCUCAAUAAGCACAUGUACAGGAAGCAACCAUGGAAGUCCACAUGUACUGGAAUUUCAAAGGAAAAGUAAGAACAAUGAGUUUAGGUUAAGGGGGACAAAAAAUGAUGACAACUCGGUAUCUUUGACCUUGCGUAUUGCUGAUGCAUGUGGUAAGGUGAAGAAUAUAGAUUUUCUCUUUUACCUUGAUACUGAUACUGCAGUCUCUCUGGCGGCUGAGAUGGUUGAACAUCUGGAAUUAGCAGAUCAUGAUGUGGUUUUCAUUGCUGAAUUUAUUGAUUACUUGAUAAUGAAACUCCUACCUGGUUGGAAGCCAUCCUCUGAUAAUUCCUCAGGCAGCCUUACUUAUGGUGGAUCUGAAUUAAUUGAUGGCAAAUCCCCUGUGGCAUGCCCGUGGGGUUCACAGUUAUCUGGUUUUCCUGCUAGUUUGAUGGUUGAGCAAGCUUGUAGCGUCUGGACUAAUCCUGAUACAAUCAGCUUUAAUGGUGGCAUUGCCUCUUAUCCAAGCUUUACUGAAUUUGCCGACGAGCAUUCAAAAUCAUCGUUUGCUUCUGUGUUUCUGGCUGAUGAUGCUUCCACCAAUAUUAGUAAUGCAGCUGAAUCUGUUCAUUGCAACAUUGUACAUCCUAGGUAUUCGUUUGUUGAUGACAGAAGUUUGCAAGGAAAUUACUCUAGCAAUGCAGGCCAAGUAUUUCCUAUCAAUAUUCCAAAGAACAUAGAGUUGUCAUCGCAUGAUCAGAAAGUAUCUAAUGAUAUGAGCUUGUCAAGCAGCUGUUCAUCGGUUUCUUUGGCAGUAGAUCUGGAUGUCGAGCUGAAGUUGGAACUUGAUACUAUUGAGACACAAUACCAGCACUGGUUUCAAGAGCUUUCUAGGAUGAGGGAGAAAGCAUUGGAGGGGACCAGAAAGAAAUGGAUAGAAAAGCAGAAACUAGCUGUUCACUAG